ACCCUACGUACGUACGUACCGCAAAAAGUCAGAGGAUCAGAAGAUCACUUUGUUUGUUCAUUUUAUUUGUUUAUUUUUAUCGGCUUUCAUUGUUGAUUCUUUCAUACCAAGGCUUGAUAAAUGGAGGAUGAAGAUUUAUUUAGGCAGCCUCACGAAGGACUGCUAAACAAGUUCACCAAUGUCGUCAAGGGGUGGCAGUACAGAUGGUUUGUUCUUGACCCCAGCAGAGGGGUUCUUGAAUACUUCCUGAAUGAGGAAGGCAAAAAGCAGAAACCAAGAGGAGCAAUUCACCUGUCUGGAGCUGUUGUAUCACCUAGUGAUGAAGAUUCUCAGACCUUCAUGGUGAAUGCUGCUAAUGGGGAAGUAUAUAGACUUCGUGCUCAAGAUGCCAAAGAGAGACAGCUGUGGGUUAGCCGUCUGAGGUCUAUCGUCCAGAGACAAAGGGAUAUGCUUAUGGAUUUCAGGGACCCGUCCCUGACAGCAUCUUCCGAAUCCCUCCACAACCGCACAUCGUCAAAAUGGAGUCUCCACAGGAACUCGCCACGCAGCUCGGUCUCCUCUCAUGCCGGUGGCAGCGGUGGGAUGCCGAGGCAAACCAGGACAUCGGCCACACUGACCGCAACGCAAGAGUCCUUGAGGAAUGCAAAAGACAUCCUGAUAGUAGCCGAAGAACAACAGAAGAGCAUGGUCAAGGGAUUGGAGUCAUUACCAACCACAGGACCAGGUAUCAAUAGCUUAGACCAUGAUUGUUUAUUAUUGAAAGCAACUUCCCAAGCCACUAUGGAAUGCUUAGAAGACUGUCUCACGAUGCUGCAACGCCAGGAGUUGACCCAAGGUCAAAGGUCGGCCGAGGAGCUUGAACUCUCACAGAGCAUGGCCAACAUCAGGGCCCCCGGGUCUCAUCGCAAGGCAAAACAAAUCAGUGUUGACAUCAGGACACACCUCCCGGAAACCAGACCCCCUGCGGAUCACCAAGCCAUCCAAUCAGCAAGCAGCAGAGCGAUGACAUCACCGCAGAGGGGCGGACCCGGAGGCAUAGGCGGACCCAAUACCAACACAUCUCAUAAUGUACCAACCCCUUUAAGCCACGAUGAUGAGGUCGCUGAUGCGGAUGAUGAUGCCGAUAAGGACCUCGGUGGAGUCGAAGAACAUAAGAGCAUCAUCCUCCAUCUACUCUCUCAACUCAAACUAGGAAUGGAUCUGACAAAGGUUGUUUUACCAACUUUUAUUCUGGAGAGACGGUCAUUGCUUGAAAUGUUUGCAGACUUCAUGGCCCUUCCACACAUGUUUGCAAGAAUACCAACAUUACCGACAGCUGAAGCCAGGAUGCUUGCUGUAGUAGAGUACUAUCUAUCUUCAUUUCAUGUUGGACGAAAGGGUUCUCUUGCCAAAAAGCCAUACAAUCCAAUCCUAGGAGAGACAUUCCACUGUUCGUGGGUGGUGCCUUCCUCUCCUUCCACCAGCCAAUCACAGGACUCUAUGCUAAACGGUGACCAAUCAGGACGAGGGGCAUCAUCAGAUGGGAGGGGGUCAGACAGGGUGACCUUUGUUGCCGAGCAGGUAUCCCAUCAUCCUCCUGUUUCAGCAUUCUACGCAGAGUGUGCAGCCAAGCGGAUUUGUAUGAACGCAUCGGUCUGGACGAAAUCAAAGUUCCUUGGCAUGUCCAUAGGUGUUAAUAUGAUUGGCGAAUGUGCUGUACACGUAUUGGAGCACGGGGAGACGUACACUCUCACGUUCCCUAACGCAUAUGGAAGGUCCAUACUCACGAUACCGUGGAUGGAGUUAGGGGGAAAGGUUCUGAUACAGUGCGCAAAGUCAAAUUAUUCAGCUUCGAUUGUCUUCCACACCAAGCCCUUUUAUGGAGGCAAAGUUCAUAGGUUAACAGCGGAGGUCAAGAAUCCAGCCAGUCAGACGAUCUGUAAGGUCAACGGGGAAUGGAAUGGAACUUUGGAGUUCAACUACUCAUCUGGGGAGCAUAAAAUCAUUGAUACGAGCAAGCAGUCUGGCUGUCCGAAGAGAGUCCGGCCGAUCGGUAUGCAAGGAGAGUACGAGUCCAGGAGAUUAUGGCAGAAUGUGACCUCGAGCUUGAAGGUUGGGGAUAUCAACACAGCCACAGAACACAAGAGAUAUCUGGAAGAAAGACAAAGGCAGGAAAAGAAAUUAAGAAUGGAAACCAACACACCCUGGCGAACCAAGCUGUUCUCCCCCGCUCCUAACAAUGGAUGGGUCUACAACCACAUACUCAAGCAUUAGAGACGACGGCAUGCAGGGUUGAUCCAUUCUGCAUAGAGGAGGCAGGAUGAAGAAUUGAUGAUAGACAUAAAUGCCCUAGCAAACCAGGCUGUUUUCCCCCGCUCCCAACAAUUGACUAGUCUACAACCGUAUACCGAAGCAUUAGCCACUAUUACAUGCAGGGUUGAUCCAUUCUGCAUAGAGGGGACAGGAUGAGAAAUCAAUGAUAGAAACUAAAAUGCCCUGAAAAAAGCAAGCUGUUUUCCUCUGCACCCAACAAUGGAAGUAUACAACUGCAUACUCAAUCAUUAGGGACUACUGCAUAGAGGGAUGACCCAUUCUGCAUAGAGGAGGCAAGAUGAGAAUUGAUGACUGAGACUAAAAUGCCCUGAAAACCAAGCUCUUCUCCCCUGCACCCAACGAUGGCGGAUUCUACAACCACAUACUCAAGCACUAGAGACCACUGCAUGUAAGGUUGAUCCAUUCUGCACAGAGGGGGCAGGAUGAGUAAAAUAAUCCUUAGAAAACCAACCUGUCCUCCCCUACACCAGACAAUGGACGAGAGUGUGGCCGUAUCAUCAAGCAUUAGAGACCACUGCGAUGCAGGGUUGAUCCAUUUAACAUAGAAGAGGCAGGAUUUUUCAUCAAACACAAAAUUAAUUUUGAACUAAAUUAGGUCAGCUUAAUAAAGUUUUCCAAUAUGAUUCCUUCCUCAUAUGCUGUUAUGUUUGCCAGCUCACAAUAUACGAACAUUCUCCACCCCAUGGGGAGGGGCUAUUUAGUGAGGGUUAGUGUUUCUUUAUUGUAGUCUUCUGAUGAUUCUUGCUUCAGAUGUUAUUUGUACAAUGUUUGUACAUUAUCCACUCCAGGAGUGGGGGUUAUUUUGUGAGGGUCUUUUUGUUUCUAUGUUUAGUUGACAUCAACUUUAAUGAUUCCUGCCUCAAAAUUAUGUUUGUAUCCUAUAACUUGCAUUUGCCUGCUCUCAUGAUAUGUACACUCUCUGCUCCCCAGGAAUGUCUCUUGACUAUCUCUUGUCCUGUUUUGCACUGUAGUCAACUUGUGAUUCCUGCCUUAAUUGCUAUUUGUGUCCUAUACAUUGCAUCAGCUUACUGAUAUGGUGUGUACACUCUCCACUCCCUGUGAUUAUCUCUUGAAACUUUCUUUCUCUAUGCUACAAUGUAGUCAACUUAUGAUUCCUGCCUCAAAAUGCCGUUUGUAUCCUCUAACUUGUAUUUGCCUGCUCACAUGGUGUGUACACUCUCCGCUCCCUGGGAGUGUCUCUUGACAAUCUCUUGUAAAGUGUUGUACUGUAGUCAACUUGUGAUUCCUGCCUUUAAUGCUAUUUGUAUUCUUUAACUUGUAUAUACCUGCUCAAACAAUGGGUACAUUCUCUGCUCCCUAGGUGUAUUUUUUAUAAUCUCAAGUCCUGUGUUGCACUGUAGUCAACUUGUGAUUUUUGCCAUGUAUGCUAUUUCUGUCCAAUAACUUGCAUCAGCUUACUGACAAGGUGUGUACACCCUCCGCUCCUUGUGAGUAUCUCUUGACAUGCUCUUUCCUAUGCUACAAUGUAGUCAAUUUAUUAUUCCUGCCUCAAAUGGUUUUGUAUCCCUUAACUUGGAUUUAACCUGUACAAUGUGUGUACACACUCCACUCCCUGGGUUGUAUUUCUUGACGAUUUGUCAUUUCUUGAUGAUCUCUUUUCCUAUUUUGCACUGUAGUCAAUUUAUGAUUCCUGCCUCUAAUACUAUUUUUUCUGUUACUUGAAUUUGCCUGCUCACAAUGUAUGUACAUUUUCCGCUCCCUGGGAGUAUCUCUUGAUGCUCUCUUUUCCGAUUUUGCACUGUAGUCAACUCAUGAUUCCUGCCUUGUAUGCUAACUGUCCUAUAACUUGAAUUGACCUGCUUACAUGUUGUGUACUCUCUCCGCUCCCUAGGAGUGUCUCUUGACUGUCUGUUUCCUAUUUGGGACUGUAGUCAACUUAUGAUUCCUGCCUUACAAUGCUAGUUGCAUACAUAACUUGUAUUUGCUUGGUACCUUUCCCACUCCCUGGGAGUAUCUUUUCCUGUGAUGCACUGUAUUCAACAUAUUCCUGCUUCCAAUGCUGUAUGUAUCUCCAGAACUUGUAUUCUCUACUGCUAUUUCCUUUUUCUAUUAGGUGUUUCCUAGGAGAGUAGAUAAGAGAUGUAGCUUAUGGUAUUCACCCUGACGAAGUGUCACUGGCCCGUGUUCUAAACUGCGGUUCAAUUUAAACCCUGGUCUAAAGUUGUUGUUUAACUACGGAUAAUCAAAUAUGAUGCAGAUCAAUAACGCCCUAGAAUGCCCUAUAUACAUGUUGGCCUGUAUUCUGAACUCGGGUUUAAAUUAAACCCUGGUUUAAAGUUGUGGUUUAACUAUAGAAAGCCAAUUGGAGCACAAAUCCCUUACAGUACACAUCCAAUUUAUUAACUCAUAUGGCACCAAAAUUGUUCAAAAUUGUCUGGGAAUGAUAACUGAAGUAUUUUUUUUAGUUAUGAAAGCAAAAUGAAAAAAAAUAGUAAACAUAAGAAAUAUACAAGAUAAACAGAAUUUUUUAAUUUUUGGCUCGCCAUGAUUUUAGCACAGAUUUAGACCGUGGUCUAAGUUAAACCUGACUUACGAAUACAGGCCUAUAAAGACACUGUGUGGCCCUGUACUUUCCAGCAAGGUGAACCCAACAUUCCUGCUCUUGAUACAGAACAAAUAAUCAUUCACUGCAAACAGAUUUGUGCUGAAAGUAGCACCACUCAGCUUCAAUAGCUGACUACACCAGCAGGUGUUGAAACUACACCAUGAUGAAGUGUAAUGACCUUCCAUUUCCUGGUGUCAACUUGACACCGCAUCCGGUGGUAUACUUACACUUUGCUAGUGUUGUGUCAAUAGGGACACUACUUGGCAUUGACUUAGCACCACUGGUGUUAAUUCUAAUGGUGCAGCACUGGCCUAGGGGUAAAAUGGGACGACACCGUGUGGUGAUACUUUGGUGUAAAUUUACACCAAUUUUUUUUUUUUCACCCAAGUAGUUGAACAGGGAUUUUUUCUCUAUUAAAAAAUCAAAAUGAACAAGAAUCAGGAUUCCCCUAUAAAAGGCUAUUAGACUUUGACGUGACAACCAUGGGUGUUACAAGCACGGUGUUGAAUAUUUAACACCCAACAUUUCACAGUGUAUGGAUGGAACUAAAAUUAUGGCCUUUUUAUUCCUUGCUAUCCAUAAGUAUACCCUAGAUUUUGACUACAGCUCCAACGUCAAGGUCACAACGGGCUAUCAGGAUUCUAUCAUUUUCCCUGUUUGAAACUUGUAUUCUUUUCGUAUUCACGAAGGUAGGAUCUUGUCAGUGCAUCCAAUCUUUAUCUUCAUAAUAAAUGCAUUGUUUGCAACCGAUAGUCGAAUUGUGUAUACUGUACAAUAUACCGGCAGUCAACUUUGAAGCUGCAUUUUUUUUUUCAUGAUUGUUUUCCAAAUUUUUGUUGAUAUGAGUGGUUGAGAAAAAAAAAACAUUGCAGCUGAAUUAUCCGCUUUUUGCAAAAUGAAAAAAGGAAAAAAUAGAUAAUGAGGAUAUCAAAGGAUUUUGUCUUAUUUGGGUAAUGGCUUCUUCAUCUGUGCAAUAAAUUAGAAAUGGAAUGUAUUAUGUAACAUUGAUAUAUGGAUAAAAUAAAACAAUGGGUAUGAUUCUCUUGUUAGAUUUUAGUGGCGGGUAAAUGACAAGUGUUGGUAUUCAUGUUUGCGGGUGACACCGGUAAAAUAUUAUACAUGUUUAUGUAUAUAUCUAUAUUCAUAAAUGGUUAACCAAAAUAUAUGCAUAUAUUAUGAAAUGAUAUCAAAGCCCCAAUGAUCAUAAAGCUAAAGUGACUUGGUUUAACGUUUGUUCACACACAAUUAUCACUGCAGUCAAUCGUAGAAAUGAACCCUGUGAUCGAUUUCUGAGCUUUAUGAAUCAGGGUCCUGUCUUACAAAGAGUUACGAUUGAUCCGAUCAAUCGGAUCCAUCACUGUCACAAUAUUUUCUCCAGGAAAUUUGCAUGAUGUCCUUUGUAAACAAAGAGAAGCACACUGAAUUUUCAAGAAACAAUGAAUAUGAUAAUAAUUAAAGAUUUGUAUAGCGCACAUAUCUGUCAAUGACACUCAAGGCGCACAAUAAACUACUUAUAUAAUACAGAAAAUAAAAUUAAUCAAUUAGUAUACAUCAUAUCUAGAAUAUAUUUUGAACAAGAUGUUGACGUUGCUGGCUUUCCAUAGUUGUGAUUGAUCGGAUAAAUCGUAACUCUAUGGAAAUCCAUCAGUGUCAUAAUUUUUCUACAGGAAAUUUGCACAAUGUCCUUUGUAAACAGAGAAGCACAGUGAAUUUUCAAGAAAACAAUGAAUGCAUGAAUAUGCAUCAUAGUUAGAAGAUAUUUUGAACAAACAUGCAUAAAAAGAUGUUUAAGUUGCUGGCCGUCGAUAGUUGUGAUUGAUCAGAUCAAUCGCAACUCUUUGUAAGACAGGGCCCAAGUCUCUGAUUGUAUUAUUUUAAGUUCUAUAUCAUCAUAAUUAUACAAGUUAAAAGUAGCACUUAAGAAAUGUGUCUUUGUGUUUUAUUGGUUUAUUAUUUAUAUUAUACACUGAAUGUUAUUUAUAUCAAUAUGGCCAAUUUGUUGGGUUUUUCGUUUCAACUAGUGAAAAAAAGUUGCUAGGUAUGCCGAUGAAUUGCUCUGAUGCUUGCUUGCAGCAUAAAACUAUCUUAAUUGUAAUGUAUCUUCAGUGGUCUUACACAUAAUCAUUGCAAUCGAUCAUAAAAAUCGGAUCUGUGAUCAAUUACCAAGUUUUAUGUAACAUCGCCCUGUACUAACAAGGCAUUUGAAUGAAAGUUAUUAGUUUACAUAUAACAUUUUGGUUCAUUUUUCGUGUAAAUUGAUAUGUAUUUGAUACAAGAGAGAUAUAUGUAUAUGGCUAAUAUUGAGAGUAAAAUAAGAGAAGUAUAAGAUCACUGAUUUUGGUGGUAUUCAAAUGACAAUUUUCAAACACAUAAUAUUGUAGAGAAUAUAAACUUUAUUAAAUUACAUGCUACAUUGUGAA